GAUCGAUUCCUCAGCAACGGCAUCUCUCUCUCUCUCUGCCUCAUUUCCCCAGGUACGUGCGACUCCACUGUGACCAACAUGCGCCAAUCUUCCGCCGCCAAUCAUCGUGGCCACGGCUAAGCCAAAGCAUUCCCUACAGGCAAUGGUGGUUGAACCAGCGGCGUUUUUAGCCAUGUCGAGAUUUUUGGGCUAUGUAAAUGUUAGGAGGGUUGCCCGAUCCUUUCAUUCAAACUGGAAGACUAGCUUCCGGAAAGCAAAUAACAAUGGGGUGCAUCCAAAAGUUGAGUUCCCUUACUCCCUAUAUAGGUUAUACUCACAAUAUAGACAUUCAUUUAGAGAAGAUUCGCCUUUUGUGAUUUACAAAGUAAAAGAAAGAUUAUCAAAGAGUUAUCAGGGCCAGAGCUUCCAUGCCCUUUCGCCUAGCUAUGUGUUUUCAGACAAUGCACAAGUUAAUUGGAGGAGGCUUUUUCAAGUAUUUUCCUUUGGCAGUCCAGCUGUGACACCGAUUAGUAGAAUUGCCCGUGCAGUGAGUCUGGCUUUGAGCAGGUCGAACUUGGUAGCUCCUGGUGUUAUGGCCUUUAUAAUUGGAGAACUUGCCUGGACCCAACAAACAUGGGCAGAAGCAGAAGGCUUCUCUACAAAGGAUACUUUUUUUAUGCAAGCACAAGAUGGACAUCUUUAUUUGGCGUCAUUUGUAUUUUUAGUUUUGGAAUUUGUAAUAUUGUUAUUUAGAGCUAUCUAUCUAGCUAUUCUAUUUUCACCCUCCAUAGCAAUGGCUCCUUUUGUGGAUUCUCUGGGUCUUGAAUUCAGGAAAAUGUGGCUUCAUAUAGUCCACCAUACACUGGAAAAAGCAGGCCCAGCAUUUAUAAAAUGGGGUCAAUGGGCUGCAACUAGACCAGAUUUGUUUCCCAAAGAUCUUUGUGCUGUACUUGCUGAACUUCACACAAAAGCUCCAUCACAUAGUUUCGCUUUCACAAAGAAAUCUGUUGAAAAUGCAUUCGGUCGAAAGUUGACGGAUAUCUUCACAGGUUUUGAAGAGGAACCUUUGGCAUCUGGAAGUGUUGCUCAAGUUCAUCGAGCAACUUUAAAGUAUAGGUACCCUGGUCAACAAACCAAGCCCAUUGUUGUUGCUGUAAAGGUUCGGCAUCCAGGGGUUGGUGAAGCAAUUAGAAGGGACUUUAUGAUCAUUAAUUCUGUAGCUAAAAUUUCAAGGUUCAUCCCUACUUUGAAAUGGUUGAGAUUGGAUGAAAGUCUACAACAAUUUGCUGUUUACAUGAUGUCUCAAGUUGAUCUUGCAAGGGAAGCUGCACAUCUAAGCCGUUUUAUCUACAAUUUCCGCAGAUGGAAGGAUGUCUCAUUUCCAAAGCCUCUAUACCCCUUGGUACACCCUGCUGUUCUGGUAGAAACUUUUGAACGUGGAGAAAGUGUUUUGCACUAUGUUGAUGAGCUUGAAGGACAUGAACGGAUUAAAAGUGCCCUUGCUCACAUCGGGACGCAUGCACUUUUAAAAAUGCUUUUGGUAGAUAAUUUUGUUCAUGCCGACAUGCAUCCUGGAAAUAUUCUUGUCCGUGUGAAAGAUAUCAACCCAUCACAUAAACAAUUCUUUAGUUCAAGGCCCCAUGUUAUCUUACUUGAUGUGGGUAUGACAGCUGAACUUUCUAAGACAGAUCGAAUGAAUUUACUGGAGUUUUUUAAGGCUGUCGCUCUUCGAGAUGGUCGCAGUGCUGCAGUGUGCACACUUAGAUUAUCUAAACAGCAAAAUUGCCCCAAUCCAAAGGCUUUUAUAGAGGAUGUUGAAAAGUCUUUCAAUCUCUGGGAUUCCCCAGAUGGUGAGUUCAUCCAUCCAGGGGAGUGCAUACAGCAACUACUUGAGCAUGUUAGACGUCAUAAAGUCAACAUUGAUGGCAAUGUUUGCACAGUAAUAGUUACCACCUUGGUUCUUGAGGGAUGGCAAAGGAAGCUUGAUCCUCAACUGGAUGUGAUGCGCACUUUGCAGACGUUGCUAUUUAAAGCUGACUGGGCUGAAUCUCUAUAUUACACCAUUGAAGGACUUGUGGCACCUUAAAAGAGUCUGUUACAUCUCCUUAUGCUCAAAGUUUUGAUAGCAGUAGCCAAAAGGAUAUACACACUUUACCUGUUACACUCAUGAGAUAAUUACUGUCUUCCAUCUUUGGUUUUAACCUUCUUUUGAUUUUUACCAUCUUUUAUUACAGUUUUGCUGGCUGACCUUAUUGUUUGCUCUUGUUAAUUUGCUCAUAAAUCAUGGUUUCCAAUGUAAGACAAGAACAUUGUGGGAUGUACAAUAAAGAAAUGAGGAGAAAUAAAAUAUUAAUGUUUCUUUUUUC